AUGUUUAGCCUCUGUAUUGGCAUCCAUACUUUCUCACAUAAUAUAUCUGCUAAAUUUCCAUUCUCCCACUUUCCCAGGGUGAAAAUUGGUCUUCGAGUUCUUACCCGUUCUUUGCCCAGCCAGUUACCUACAGUUUAUCGGACCCUUGGCGAGAAUUAUAAUGAAAGGGUUUUACCUUCAAUCAUACAUGAAACUUUGAAAGCUGUGGUUGCCCAGUACAACGCCAGCCAGCUUAUUACCCAGCAAGAGGCUGUUAGUCGUGAAAUCCGAAAGAUCCUGACUGAGAGGGCAGCCAACUUUAAUAUUGCUCUUGAUGAUGUGUCGAUUACUAGUUUGACCUUUGGCAAGGAGUUUACUGCUGCAAUUGAAGCCAAGCAGGUGGCUGCACAAGAAGCUGAGAGGGCCAAAUUUGUUGUGGAGAAAUCUGAGCAAGACAAAAAAAGUGCUGUGAUCAGAGCACAGGGUGAGGCUAAAAGUGCCAUACUGAUCGGACAAGCCAUUGCCAACAAUCCAGCUUUCAUCGCACUGAGGAAGAUUGAAGCUGCAAGAGAGAUUGCACACAUUAUAUCAAAUGCAGCAAACAAGAUUUACCUGAAUUCAGAUGAUCUUUUGCUGAAUCUUCAGGAGAUGAAUUUGGAGCCUGGCAAAAAUUGA